AUGGAUCUUGAGGACGACGUAAAGGUCCUCCAGAAAUGGUGUCAGGAGCAGCAGCCUCUUACAAUUGACAUCGUUGGGGAUUUUGCUGGUCAGGAGCUUUUCGUGAACCAUGGAGAGUCGUUGAUGCGGCACUGCCUCACUGAGGCGAGAGUUGAUUUCAAUGAUUGUAACUUUGAUGUUGUCUUAUCCAGAGAACUUCAGAAUAUCUUUGCGCAUGCACACGGCCCCAAAUACGAGCUAACUCGCCGAAUUCUGAUCAGCAUCUUGACAAAUCAGGUCUCAAUUUCUAUACAACUGAGUUUGAUUCCUUCGCGAGCGGGGAAGGUGUUCAUGUCUUUACUGAAUGGCACGAAAAAUGCACUCCGAAAACUCUCAAUCGAUUUACCCGACCUUGCAAAGUAG